UGGACCAAUGACAACGCUCGGAUCGUACUCGGGCAUCCAAUCAGACAGUGUUUUUAAGGCACCAGUUUAAAUCUUCGGCGUCCCUAGUUCCGGGGUGAUCCACACGCCGUUUUAUUUAACCAAGCAGACGCGCUGAUCUGGAGUUUAGUUACUGACACGAGCGCUGCUUGGUUCCGAUACCGGCCAGGCCCGACCCGAAAUGCCGUCUCGUGUAGAGGAUUACGAGGUUUUGUACACGAUCGGCUCUGGCUCCUACGGGAAAUGUCAGAAAAUACGGAGGAAAUCUGACGGAAAGAUGCUGGUGUGGAAGGAGCUGGACUACGGCACCAUGGCAGAGGCGGAGAAGCAGAUGCUGGUGUCUGAGGUGAACCUGCUGCGGGAGCUGAGGCACCCCAACAUUGUGCGGUACCACGACCGCAUAAUCGACCGCACCAACACCACGCUGUACAUCGUCAUGGAGUACUGCGAGGGCGGCGACCUCUCUGGGCUCAUCUCCAGGUGCCUCAAGGAAAGGCGAUACCUGGAUGAGGAGUUUAUCCUGCGUGUGUUGGCACAGCUCGCCCUGGCACUGAAAGAGUGCCACCGGAGGCGUAACGGGGCACAGACAGUGCUGCACCGUGACCUCAAACCCGCCAACAUAUUCCUAGACGCGCAGCAGAACGUGAAGCUCGGGGACUUCGGCCUGGCCAGGAUCCUGAACCAUGACACAAGCUUCGCCAGGACCUUUGUGGGAACUCCCUACUACAUGUCCCCGGAACAAAUGAAUCGGCUGUCCUAUAAUGAGAAGUCCGACAUAUGGUCCCUGGGCUGCUUGCUGUACGAGCUGUGCGCCCUGUCGCCGCCGUUCACGGCACACAACCAGGCAGAGCUGGCGGAGAAGAUCCGAGAGGGCAAGUUUCGGAGGAUUCCCUAUCGGUACUCGGAGGAGCUCAACAGCCUGCUGUCCAGGAUGCUGCAUUUAAAGGACUACCUGAGACCGUCCGUGGAGUGCAUCCUCCAGAGUGAGCUGAUCACGGACGUGGUGGCGGAGGAAAGCAGGAGGGAGCAGGACAGGGAGAGACGUAGGUCAGGCGACGGCACCCGAGCCAAGGCCCAGGAGCCAUGGCUGGCCGAGCUACGGCUGAAGGAGCAGCAGUUGCAGGAGAGGGAGCGUGCCCUGAAGGAGCGUGAGGAGCGGCUGGAGCGAAGAGAACAGGAGCUUUGCAUUCGGGAGAGAAUAUCAGAGGAGAAUCUUAAAAGGGCUGAGACUCUGAUGCGGAAGCUGACCCUGGCUAGACAGGGGCGGAGGACACCCCCGGCUCCGUGUUCCAGUGGGACAGAUGACGAGGAGGGACUCUUCCCAGGGAAGAAAAAGGUCCACUUUGCUGGGGACAGCAAGGAGAACAGGAGACCACUGAAAAACGAAGGCCGAGAGUUGAAGCAGCGGUUGCAGGCAGCUGGGCUGCGGGCGCAGGUCCUGUGUGAGGUGGAGAGACAGUACCAUCUGAAGAGCAGGCAGCUGCUGGGCAUCCGAUGACCACUGGGUGGCGCCAUACACCUCAUUGUAACAUAUAAAAGUGUGUGUGUGUGGCCAAAAUCGGCACAAACAAUGCUUUCUGUGAACUGCUGGUCUUUGUCUGUCAUGCAGUGUUGAGUGUGUGUUUAUUUUCCUGGUGUGUUGCAAAGGGGGCUGAAUGUGAUUGGUUGAAAAACCGUAUUUGACAGUAAUAUGGUCAAUAUACAGAUUCCACUGAAGUUUUGAUUUAAAAAAAACAAAAACUUUCCAGAAAUAAUCCAGGCAAUUUACAUGAUAAUGAUCCUAAACACAGACAACAGAGUCCUCUUCUGCAUACACAGCAUGUUAGAAAUUAUUUUUGAAUCCGAAGUGGGAAGUGUCAAGGUGCAGUGUUGCUGUUGCGGGUGGAUCGUUACUGGCAGCUAUGAAAACCCCUAUAUUUCAUUCUGAUUUGACACUGCAUAUGUAGAUAUUCACUAGAUUCUUUACAUGUGUCUGGGUGUUUUUAAUUUUAUAGAAUAGUCCGUAUAUAGGCAUUUUAUAUGUUUGUUACAUUCUGUCAUAGUUUCCUUUAUUUGUUUAUUGAUAGCUAUUGGAGCUGUACCAACAAAUUGAUUUAUAUGAUUAAAUGAAGCUUUGAGUUUUAGAA